ACGGUCCUGACAGGCCCGCGGCCGAGCCGACGCAGCCUGGCGCAGACAGGAAUGACUCUGCUGGACAACCACUGGGUAUUGACUAUUGUCGUGCACCAGUGAUUCACAACACACCAAUAACAUUCAAAUCUACACAGACAACCGGGGAGGAAGUUCCUGUCAAACUCGCUAAAACAACCAACACGGAAUCAGUGAAAAUGUUCUUCAUGGACUGUUGCAUAGAUUAGUUUUCACGAGGCGCUCACACUUUCGUUCAACGUGGUUAGAGGUUUUUGGGAUGGUGGACCUUAUUUUGUGAAAUUAGUUCCAUUGAAAUGAAUCUCUGGUUUUCAGUAGACUUUUAUUUAUUUUCAUGAUGUGUUCAAACAGCGGCUCAGAGCUGACGACAACGUUCUACCAGGCUGGAAAUGAUAAACACAAAACCAGAUCACUUGGUAAAAUGAAGAGCAUUUAGCUCCUAUCAGCAUUUUAAUCCUCUAAACAGUUUUGUUUUAAAUGAAAAGUUUAUUUCAUUAAAAUAUUAAUGCUGUCAACAUAGAAGCUAACAGGUAAGCUAACCAGGCUAUGCUUCAGCACAUUUGGUGCUUUGUAGCAGCAUGCUAACACGCUAACAAUCAAAAUGACAGAGUUUAGUUUUAUUUAUGAGCCAAAAUAUACAAAAUUAGGUUAAAAAAGUUUAUUUUUACGUUCUUUUUCACACUUCACUCACUGCAAGACGGUUUUCAACCGGCAUGUACAUGAAAACAAAUGUUCUCUCUUCUCAUACUCUAUUCAGACACACAGUCAGUUUGAGUCUAGAACCUUAGAGUUCAGAAUGUUUUGUUGCCAUGACAAAAACUUGCUUGUACCUCCCUAGAAACCUACUGAAAGGUUUUGAGUGUUUGUAACGCAUUGCUGAUAUCCUGUUCCUACAUAUCUAUACUAAAGGCACCGAGAGACCAUCACCGUCACGUCUGAGGGCAGAAUGAGGAAAGCCAAGGGUCCUUCGUCUAGGAGAGCUGAAAUCCAGCACCUGCACCAAUCCUACGCCUCGGGGCAGCCCCUCUUGCCUGCCUGCGCCCUCCUCACUUUCCUGCACAAAGAACAGAUGGAGAUCACGGCGAAUGAAGAGACCGCAGAGAGUUUGAUUGAGAGAUAUGAGAUUGAAGAGACAGCCAGAGAAAGUAGGUCCAUGACAUUUGAAGGGUUCUUCAGGUACAUGGAGUCCAAAGACUGCUGCGUGUUCGACCAGGCCCACACGUCUGUGUACCAACACAUGGAAAAGCCUCUCAGCAACUACUUCAUCUCCACCUCGCACAACACCUACCUGACUGGAGAUCAGAUUGUCGGAAAGAGCCACCUGGACGCAUAUGUUAGUGCUCUGAUGAAAGGCUGUCGCUGUCUGGAGAUUGACUGCUGGGAUGGGCCAGAUAUGGAGCCCAUAGUGUACCACGGCUACACCCUGACCACCAAGAUAUUAUUUAAGGACGUCAUCGCCACUGUGAAGCAACGCGCCUUUGAGGUGUCUGCUUACCCGGUAAUCCUGUCGCUGGAAAAUCAUUGCUCCAAAGAGCAGCAGGAGGUCAUGGCCAAGUACCUCAUCUCUAUCCUGGGGGAAGAGCUGCUGAGCAGUCCCUUGGAUCUCGCGACCAAUGGAGACCUCCCUAGCCCCAAUGACCUGAAGUAUAAGAUCCUCAUCAAGAAUAAAAAGCUAAAGAAUCACGUUGAGGCUGAGAGCGCAUCAGGGACAGAGGCCGAGGAGAGUGUAGAUGAUGCCGAGGAUGAGGAGGAGGAGGAGGAUGAGGAUGAGGAGGAGGAAGAGGAGCGACAGUCCAAAGCAAAGUUCUGGCUUCCCAGAAAGGCAGUUGCUAAGACAAAACAUUUGAAGAAGGUUGCGGUGGCAGAGGCCUUGUCGGACCUGGUUGUAUACACCAGGUCUGUGAAGUUCAUCAGCUUCACUCAUUCCAAGGACAAUCAGAACCUCUAUGAGAACACAUCAAUGGCAGAGAAGAAAGCUCGCAAGCUAGCCAAAGCCUCAGGUGCUGAUUUUGUUCAGCACAACCAGAAGUUCCUCAGCAGGAUUUACCCGGCCGGCUCGAGGACGUCUUCUACCAAUUACAACCCUCAGGAGUUUUGGAACGUCGGUUCACAGCUCGUCGCCCUCAAUUUCCAGUCCCUGGGCUUGUCCAUGGACCUUAACGACGGCCGUUUCCAGGACAACGGGGGCUGUGGCUACGUCCUGAAACCAGCGGUGCUCAUGUCCAGUCAGAGAAGCUUCGAUCCCAGCUGCAGCCAGCGCGGCCCCAACUCCACACACCUGCUGCUCAAGAUGAUUAGUGGGUCCAACCUACCGAUCUCCAGGAGUGGCAAACCUCUGGACUCCUUUGUCAGAGUGGAGAUUCAUGGGAUUCCAUCUGAUUCACGCAAAAAAAGCACCCACACUGUCAAGAACAACUCUCUGAGUCCUUACUGGGCUUCUGACAUGAACUUCAACAUCAGCGUGCCGGAGCUUUGCCUCAUCCGCUUCUGUGUCCGCGAGCAGACGGGGCUCUUCACCAGCGACUUUGUGGGCCAGUACACUCUGCCCUUCACCAGCCUGAAGAGAGGCUACCGCUGGGUGCCUCUGAGAUCCCGAGACGGAUGCAGCCUGGAUCCAGCUUCCCUCUUUGUCUUUGUUUGGUAUCCUUAAAUACAGCUCUCCAUAUCAGACUCUCUCUCUCUUACACACACACACACACACACACACACACACACACACUUUGUCAAGAGAUAGAGAAGCGUGGCUGAUGCAGAAACAGCAUCAACAGAAAUAUAUAAUUAAAUCAAAUGGACCGUUUCCUCAGAUAUA